AAAAUAUAAGUUUGUUGUGUAUGCUUAAAAAUACAACUUAUGAAUUUUGAUUGUUUAAAUGUAAAAGAUUUUAUUUGUAGAAAAAAAAAAUAUUAAAUACAGAUCUUUCUACAUAGUUUUCAACUUCAAAAAACUGUGAUUUAAAUUAUUUACAAUUAGUUUGAAUUAAUUAUAUUAGAAAAUGACAGCAAUAUUAGGAGGAGGUAUAUCAGGAUUGAGUGCAGCUUAUUACUGCCUUGAAAAUCCAAGAAUCGGAUCUACAAUUUUAUUUGAGGCAUCCAACAGACUUGGAGGAUGGAUAAAAAGUACAUCAUCGCCUACCGGUGUAAUAUUUGAAGAAGGCCCUAGAACUGUCAGACCAUUCGGUCCUGCUGGAGAAAAUACAUUGAAACUUGUUGAUAGUUUAAAUUUAAAUGGUAAAGUUAUUCCAAUAAAUUCAUCACAUCCAGCUGCCAAAAAUAGAUUAAUUUAUGCUAACAAAAAAUUACAUUUGUUACCCAAUUCCUUCAGUAGCUUGUUCAAAGUUAAUACGCCAUUUGAGAGACGUUUGAUAUCAGUUUUAUGGAAUGAAAUUACAGCCUCUAAAGUUCAGAAAGAGGAUGAAAGCAUUUAUUCUUUUGUAGAGAGGAGAUUGGGCAAAGAUGUGGCAGACUAUUUAAUAAGUCCUAUGAUUUGUGGGAUUUGUGCAGGGGAUGCUAAGAAAAUAAGUGUUAACUUUUUACUAAAGCCAGCUUUUGAAUUAGAACAAAAAUAUGGUUCUAUAGUAAAAGGAAUGUUGCUCAAAUCAUUUAAUUCACCCAAAAGUUCUCAAAAAACUGAAAAUGACAAUGAUAAAUCAUCAUUAGCGCACAGAGCGAAAGAAGAAAAAUGGUCUGUUUGGGGAUUACAAGGUGGUUUACAACAGCUUCCAAUAGCUUUAGAAAAUAAAUUACUUUCUAAUAAUCAAGUCAAAAUAAAUAAAAAUUCAGUGUGCGAACAAAUAACGUUUAAGCCUGGCCAAGUUGAAAUGUUAAUAAAUGGAAAAACAGAAAAGUAUUGUAAAUUAAUUUCAAGUUUAUCUGCAAAAUAUCUUGCACCAUUGUUAGAAAGACAACACCCACAAUUAUCAAGAGAAUUAUUAGCAAUACCUUCUACUACAGUGGCUGUUGUUAAUCUUCAUUAUGAAGGAAAAGUUUUACCUUUGGAAGCUUUUGGCUUUCUAGUACCACCAAAAGAAAAUUCUCCAAUUUUGGGAGUUAUUUUUGACUCAUGUGUAUUCAAAAAUUCAAAUACAGUACUAACAGUUAUGAUGGGUGGAGCAUGGUUUGACAAAUUUUUCGCUGAUAAUAAUACAAAUGAACACUUCUUAUCAGUUGCAGUGAAUGAAACCAAAAAAAUACUGGGCAUUAAAGAUGAUCCAAUAGAACAUAAUGUGUCUGUAUUGAAAGACUGCAUUCCACAAUAUGUAGUGGGCCAUGUCCAAAGGUUGCAACGAAUUGAAAGCUAUAUCUCUGCCCAUAAACUUCCUAUGGCACUUUGUGGUUCCUCUUUUCAUGGAGUUGGCAUCAACGAUGUUAUUCUGUCAGCAAAACAGGCUGUUUCGCAAAUUGCUUAACUAUUUUUAACUAACUACUAACUCAUGCCAACAUGCACCAUAUAAAGGCCUUAUUGGGAAUAGAUUUGGAAGGAUCAAAUGAAUUGACUAAUAUUUUAAAUAUUACUUUUUAGAAUGGUUGUAAAUAAAAAAAUUUUCAAAGAAGAAUAAAAUUCUUAAAAUUUUAUAAAAUUAAUUAUAUCAUAUCAUUUCAUGAAUUAUAUAAAAAUUUGAAAGACAUGCCUAUAACAGUAUACAGAAACAUUGAUAAAACAUAAAAUAAAUCUACUAGAAACUAAUGAAACAGAAUACAAGAUUGACGAAGUACAAAAUACAAACACUGUAGGUAUCAUUGAUC